UCCCUUCUCUGCACUUUUUGAGACAAUUUUUUUAUGGGUAUUCUUUCAUGAGACCUUAGCUUUUAGCUAGUUUUGUUUGAUUGGGCUUUCUUUGUCGCUGUAGUUGGUUUUGGUCCUGUUUCUUGUUUAUGCGUUGCGCCUGAUUUUAGCUGGAGUUUCCUGCUCCUAUCCAAUGUACUGUCCUUGUAUAAAAGCAACUUAUGCAAGAAAUCAGAUGAAUCAGUAUCACACUUGCACUUUAAGCUGAUCAGGUUUAGGUUGUAGUUAAAAAGAGUAGGCUAACUGAUUUGAGUUUUUUAAUUCCCUGAUUUUGUGACGGCAAACUCUUGUUUGUUUAGGACUUGGGAGCAACACAAAUAACAACAGAAACAGAAAAGAAAAGUCUACAGCAUAUAAAUUUAUGUGACAUAAUUUCACCCAUGACCAUUGAACUUUAUCGCUCUUUUUUUUUUUAACAGUUAAUAAACUUUAAUUUGUAUUAGAAAAAUUACUGAACUUUAAUUUUAUUCAAUUAGGUUACAAUUGCUAGUUUUUUUUUUUUUUUUUACCUCUCUGGAUUUUCAGUUAGAAAUUUUGGCAUGAAAACAAGAAAAUUUUUUAAUGUAAUUAUACAAUUAAAAAUAUGCUGUAAGAAUUUUCUUACUCGAUGCAUAAAAGUUUUGCUUAAACCUCUAUAAAAAUAUGGUCAUAAUGACCUUAUUGAAACAACAUUGAAGUUUAGUAAUUUUGCUAAUAGAUUGAAAUUUGGUGACUGCUGAAAUUUACUGACAAGUUUAGUAAACAUGAAAAAGAUUAAUCCAACAGGAAAGAGUAUCUCUCUCAAAUCUUAAACUUAUAAGUACAACUGAUCUCACAAAAAAAAGGCAACUGUCAUGAAAACCACACAUUCAUACAGGAUACAGAAUUUGGUUGGGUUGAAUUUCCCAACUCCAUGUUGAAUUAGGUUAAAGGUCUGUAUCAAAUUGGUUCCUGUAGUAGCUCUCCAAGAAUCCCAUGCAUUCUGACAUAAAUGGUUUAAUUAACUUCCUCUUCAUUACUUACUAUAAUUUCUCAACCAAAAUAUGCAUUUGACACUUUAUGCUUGAGUCAUCUUUCCAUCAUUUGGAUUUUUAGUAUGAACGCAUGAUAGAAUGAAUUUAUGACUACUCAUAUUGGCUAAGAAGCAUUAUGGUUUACGUAGAAGUUCUUAACUGCAGAAAGUAGCUGAUGUUUUGUGUAGAAGUCAGUUUUUUAUUUUGCACAUCUAGUGCAAGUUUCAACCAUUUUAGGUCAAAGAUAUGGUGGAUGCCGUAGUCAGUGUCUUCUUGGAGAGGCUGUUGAAUACUCUGGUAGAGGAGGGCCGCAUAGUGAAUGAAUUUAGGGAUCAAUUUGAGAACUUGCAGAAGGAGCUCGAAUUAAUGCAAAAUGUCCUCAAAGUUGCAGACAAACGAAAAAGGAAGGAACCAACUCUGCACGUUAUAAUGGGCAAUUUACGAGAGUUGAUAUAUGAAGCUGAAGACAUACUAGCAGACUGCCAACUUGAAUCAAGAGAUGACUCAUUUUCUAAUGGCUGGCUAUGUUGUAUCUAUCCUCCAAAACUUCAGUUUCAAUAUAAAACUGGAAAGCGACUUAGGGAAAUAAAUGAGAAUAUCACUAAAAUUAAGCAAGACCUUUCAUAUCUUGGUCUGUCAACUUGCAACGGAAUGGCUAGAAUUGAUGUGCACAAUGACCCAAGAUGGAGCUCUCCUGUAUAUGAUCAUACUCAAGUGGUUGGAUUAGAAGGUGACACAAAAAAGAUGAAGGAUUGGCUUUUUGAAGCAGAUCAUGGCAUAUUAUCAAUUGGUGUUGUUGGUAUGGGCGGAUUGGGCAAGACCACAAUUGCUCAAAAGGUCUUUAAUGACAGAGAAAUGGAAGACCAUUUUGAAAGAAGAAUGUGGGUGUCUGUCUCUCAGACACUUGAUGAAGCACAAAUCAUGAGAAGCAUGCUGAGGAACUUGGGAGAUGCAAGCGUAGGAGAUGACAAAGGUGAAUUGUUGAAGAAAAUAAACCAAUAUCUUUUAGGUAAAAGGUUCUUGAUUGUUAUGGAUGAUGUAUGGAGCUCUGAUGUCAAUUGGUGGCGUGGAAUCUUUGAGGGCUUGCCCAAGGGAAACGGAAGCUGUAUUAUCAUCACCACAAGGAUCAAGGAAGUUGCAAUAAUGAUGGGAGUGAGCGAAGCAAGAAUCCAUAGACCUAAGUUCCUUAGUGAGGAUGAUGGCUGGUUGCUAUUUCGGAAGAUUGCUUUCGCAGCAAGUGGAGGUGACUGCAGGUAUCCUGAGCUAGAACAGGUAGGAAAGGAGAUUGUAUCUAAAUGUAAGGGUCUUCCUUUGGCCAUUAAAGCAAUUGGAGGACUUUUGCUUUAUAAAUCACAUUACAAUGAGUGGAGGCGAAUUGCAAAGAACUUUCGGGAUGAAUUGGCAGAAAAUGAUGACUCUGUGAUGGCUUCUUUACAAUUGAGCUAUGAUGAGCUCCCUACUCACCUGAAGUCUUGUUUUCUCAGUUUCUCUCUUUACCCAGAGGAUUGUGUGAUAGCAAAGGAACAGUUAGUUCAUUGGUGGAUUGGAGAAGGAUUUGUCCCCGUGAGAAAUGGCAGAUCAGCAAUUGAAGCUGGGGAGGGUUGUUUCUCGGGGUUAACAAAUCGAUGUUUGGUCGAAGUAGUUGACAAGACUUACAAUGGAAUUAUCUACACUUGCAAGAUUCAUGAUAUGGUUCGUGAUUUGGUGAUCAAGAUGGCUGAAGAUGAUGCAUUCUUUAGACUUAAUGGCAUAGGCUGUCGUCAUCUGGGGAUUGAUAGCAAUAUGGAUCAUAAGAAACUGGCUGCCAAUCGAAAGUUACGAGCAUUGUUGUCCACAACCAAGACUGGUGAAGUGAACAAGAUUGUAUCAAGCGUUGCAAACAAGUUCAAUGAGUGUAGAUACCUGAGAGUUUUAGAUCUUUGCAAGUCCAUCUUUGAAGUGCCUCUCACAGUUCUCCUACAUAAGAUUGGUUGCCUUCAGCAUUUAACAUGCCUUAGCUUAAGCAAUACCCAUCCGUUGAUCCAACUCCCUCCUUCGCUAGAGAGACUUAACAACCUUCAGGUUUUGGAUGUGAGCUAUUGUCAGAAUCUCAAAAUGCUGCCUCCUUAUCUCAUGACCUUUAAGAAGCUCAGAGUCUUAGAUGUAAGCCACUGUGGCUCACUUGAAUACUUGCCAAAAGGCUUGGGAAGGCUUUCAAACCUUGAAGUUUUGUUGGGGUUUAGACCUGCUAGAACAAACCAAUUAGAUGGCUGUCGGAUUGCUGAACUGAGAAAUUUGACUCGACUCAGGACACUUGGUUUGCAUCUGACUCGGAGUGAUGAGAUUGAAGAUAAUGAGGUCAAUGCAUUGGUAAACCUCCAAGAACUUCAACUCCUCACUAUAAGUUGCUUUGAUAGCCAUGGGAUUGACCUCAUUGACAAACUUGAUAGACUCUAUCCUCCACCUUCCCUCCACGAGCUCUCUCUCAAAUAUUUUCCAGGCAAGAUGAGUCCUGUCUGGCUCAAUCCCUUCUCACUUCCUAUGUUAAGAUAUCUUUCAAUCUCUUCGGGAAAUCUUGCAAAAAUUCAUCAAAGCUUUUGGGGGGAGAAUAACACAGUGUGGAAAAUUGAGGCCUUGUUGCUGGAAUCUCUCUCAGAGUUGGAAAUGGACUGGCAAGUCGUACAACAAAUGAUGCCAUCUUUGAGGAUUGUGAAUGCUAGUUGGUGUCCAGAUUUAGCAUCUUUCCCCGUUGAAGAUAUUGGGUUUAGAGGGGCCAUUUGGACAAAGGAAGAGCAUUGAAGCUAUUAAGGGGCGACAGCAGCAAAUUACUCCACUUAUUUGAGGUUUCUUUCAAAAUAAUGAGACUUCAGAAGUAAUCGAACUUCUUCAUAAAAUGGCAGCAGGAAAUGUAUCACCAGAUGCAUCCAGUCUCAAUAGUGGUAGGCUUACUCUCAAAGGAUGAAAAAUAUCAUGAAAUUUGAACUUGCUUCCAACAUUUCCUGUUCAAGAGCCAGCAGAACGUUGAUAUGAUGAAUGUAAUCUUAAAUAGAUUAGUUGGCAUAAUUCUUUGUUGAAUUUGCUAUUUUAAUAGCCACAAGGAAUAGGAAUCUAUUUAUAUGAGGCUUCUUACUAGUAUUGGUUGCCGAAACUGUUGUCAGGUAAAUCGCUUGGUGACUCAGAUGUAAGGUUCAACUUUAAUAGAAUUAACGCUCAUGAGGAAAGCCGGGCACUGAAUCACUCUGCAUUUGACAUUUUAA